CGAAGUCGGACGCUUCACCGACUGAGCCACCCAGGCACCCCUGGGGUAGCUGCUGUUAUGCCCACUUUACAGAUGGAAAAAGUGAGGCACAGAGAGGCCACAUAGCCAGCGGAUCGCAGAGCUGCGGCUCAAACCCAGGAAACCAGCCAUCAGGGCACCAAAAAGAGGAAAAGCAGUGUGCUGGGGAGGGGUGCCACCACGGUGCAGCCCAGGGCCGGGGCUGGUUUCCAGGUUUCUGUUGUAUGUCCCCCCCGGGGACACGCACGUACUCACCACUCAGUAGCUGCACUUAACUUCUCCCUUCCAGGUUUUUCUUUCCUUACCAACUUGUCACUUACACCUCAUCCGUUGUACAACUUACCAUGUACAGAUUCACCAGCCAGAAGGCCCAGCACAAGAGGCCAGCCAGCCCUACGGACUUGGCCUUCACUUUGACCUGCUUGGGGUGGACGUGGAGGGAGGCGAGGAGGCCUACCCAGGGGCAGGCUUUUCAAGAAUCAGAACUCUUUUCAAGACAAGGCAGAGUCAGGCUUGCUGUUGACUGGCUGGGGCUCUCCGGCCGCUGGAGGCAGAACUUGGCAGGUGAAGGGGGGGGGGGGGUGUCCCCAGGUGUCCCGACUGCAUUUCACCUGCGGCCGGCAAGGACGGACAUGUCUGAUCACAGGGCAAGCCUCACGGCCCAGCUGCGGAGGCAGCAAACGCAUCACCCCUUCCCCGACCAGUGUUGCCACCAAGGAACCCGAGAAAACCCCAGAGGCGGAUGGGGCUGUUGCAAAGGGCCCCGGGUCUUCCCUGGGAGGGUCUUGCUUUGCAUUUCUCUUGGGCACUUGGGGGACAGAUGUUUCCUGGCAAAAGCUGAGGCUGCUGCCCACAGGGCUCCCUCCAGCUCGCGUGUGCCCUGCUUUCCUCUGCCCACAGAGCUACCGGCCUGGGUUUGUGGGAGCCUGUCUGAAAGCAACAGGGGCCGUUCAGAGCCCCUGGGGUUCUGCUUAGGGUCGUUAAGCUCAGGAGGGGAAACAGAGACCCAGGAGGGAUCUGCCCGUGCCCUGCCCUGGGUCCUCUGGGCGGACACUUGUCCCAGCGGUGGGGGGAGCCACUGGGUCACUCGUUUAUUCAAAUGCUGUUUCCCAAGCACCUGCCGUGUGCCCGGUGCUGUGCUGGACACCAGAGGUGCUACAGUGGACCAGCCAUCACAGCAAGGGGUCCCCGGAGCCGUUCUGCAAGGGCCCCACCCCGCAUACACAGCACCCCACUCCCCCGGGCACCCAGGACGGCUCCCCACAAGAGAUGGUGUUUGAGCGAGACCCGGAGGCUGAGUGGAUGUUGGGGGGCAUAGAGAGGCGGGAGGGUGUUUCUGGCAGAGGGGGCAUUACGUGCAAAGGCCCGGGGGUGAGUAGGCUGGAAAGAGCACGAGGGCUGUCGAGGGAAGGGUCCGGCUGCCGGUGGUGGAAUUGCCGUCCUCCGGGAGACGGAGGUGAGGGAUGGGCAGGGGGUGGGGGGGCACAGAGGGAGACAAGGGAUUCGAGGGAGCGGGGAACAGUGUUUCUAGGCCUCUCUGGACCUGGGCUUUGGGGAGAAAGAUCCGUUUCCGAGUGUCUUUAGCUUUCUGGCUUGGGUGACCACCACCACUGACGUGGAAAGGGAGCCCCCGAGGACGGACAGAGGGCGCGGGGGCGGCGACAACAGGCCUCCCAGGAGGGACUUUGCCUCCCUCCCCGCUUCUUCCUGCUCCUCUGCCCUCAAUCUACCCCACCCUGCCACCUUCCGCUCCCCUGUGCUCUGAGGAUGUCUGAGGGCUGAGUGCUCCCCUCCCCCCACACCCCGCCCCUUGCCCUCAAGCGCCCGCACCAGGCAGAGCAUGUUCAGAAGGCUGGGGUGCCUCCUCUGGCCAUCAGCCUGUCUGGCCAAGGUCAUUUCUUUCUUUCUUUCUUUUUUUUUUAUUAUUUUUUAAUGUUUA